UUUACUUUUAGACUACACAAACUGGUCAUAGAUCAACCCAUCCAGAAGGAAAAUGGAUGUACUUACAGGAAAGAAAGUCUUUUCAUCCUUAACUCCAAUUGAUCUUUCAUCUUGUACCAAAGAAAAGAUCAUUGAGUAUUUCAACAACAGUUAUGAUCUAAAUGAGAGCAUCUUUCUUGGGUUGAAAGAUGACUCUGUGUUCUACAAGUGCCCUGACCGUCUAAGGUUGCCCUUGAUAUUUUACUAUGCACACACUGCAGCUGUCUAUGUCAAUAAGUUAAUGUUGGCUGGUCUCAUUAAGGAAAGAGUAAAUCUGGAAUUUGAAACUAUGUUUGAAACUGGAGUUGAUGAAAUGAGCUGGGAUGAUACUGAGAAUUACCGUAUGGGUGGAAGCUACAAGUGGCCUCCGGUCAGCGAGGUUGUUGAAUACCGCAGGGUCGUUCGCAAUUUGAUCCUCAAGGUCAUUGAUGAAACAACUUUAGAGCUGCCUAUAACAAUGGAUAGCCCUUGGUGGGCCCUCAUGAUGGGCAUGGAGCAUGAACGCAUCCACCUGGAGACUUCCUCUGUUUUAAUCAGACAACUUCCUAUUGAGCUGGUGGUUAGACCAGAAGGCUGGAGAUAUGGACCUGUUAAAUCUGAUUGUGCUGUGAAAAAAAACAAGAUGAUUACUGCAGCCUCCAUGGAGGUCACUCUCGGCAAGCCAACAGAAUUCCCUUCUUACGGCUGGGACAAUGAGUAUGGGGAGGUCACAUGCAAAGUUCCACCCUUUGAAGCCAGCCAGUUCCUGAUUACUAAUGCUGAGUUUUUAAAGUUUGUUGAAGAUGGUGGAUAUCAGACCCGUGACUUUUGGACUGAGGAAGGCUGGAAAUGGGUUCAAUUCAGAGAGGCUGUACACCCAACAUUUUGGACUUGCAAUCAAGGCUGCAAAUCAGGCUGUGGUUCAGAUUUGGCUUCCUAUUCCCACUGCCAAGGAAACUAUGAACUGUCUGAUGAAAUUAAUGAUGGGCCACUUCACAAAAAACCAAAGCACUCAGUGUAUCAGUUAAGAGUGAUGUUUGAUUUGAUUGAAAUGCCAUGGGACUGGCCAGUUGAGGUAAACUACCAUGAAGCAAAGGCCUUCUGCAAGUGGAAGGGCCCAGGCUAUCGUCUCCCUGUCGAAGCUGAACACCAUGUCAUGAGAGGACCACAGCUUCCAGCCAGUAAGGGCACUGCAUCAGAUAUCAUAUUUCAAAAGACAAUCAAUGCUAACCUCAACUUCCAAUAUGGCUCCUCAACACCUGUCAACCUGUUCCCACCAAGUAACACUGGUUUCUAUGAUGUCUUUGGCAAUGUUUGGGAGUGGGUAGAGGAUCAUUUCAAUGGCUUGACUGGAUUCCAUACCCACUUCCUGUAUGAUGACUUUUCCUCUCCCUGUUUUGAUGGAAAACACAACAUCAUUUUGGGAGGAUCUUGGAUUUCUACUGGAGAUGAGGCAUCAAGGUUUGCCCGCUAUGCUUUCCGAAGACACUUCUUUCAACAUUGUGGAUUUAGAUUGGCUAAAAGUCAACAAUCAGGAAAAGUUGACCUUCCUGCUAGAGUUGUAGAGAAUGAGGUGUUUGUUCUUGGAUCUGGAGUUGAAGCCAACAAGAUUUAUCUGGACAACAACUUGAGUGUGCAAAGAGUGAAGAGCACCAAUGCUGUGUACAACUAUGAUACUUUAGAAACGCUUGAAGGGAUCCUUGAGCUUGAAUUUGGAUUCCGUGAUAGUUUUGCUGCAGUAGUUUCUAAUCUUUGUCGAAACUACUGCACAAAUUUCCAGGUCCCCACAAAAUCUGCUGUACAUUUGGGGACGGCUACUGGACGAGGAUCUUUUGAAUUAAGCAAACUGUUUCAGCAGGUUCUUGGUGUAGAAAUGUGUGGCAGACUAAUUGAUGCUGCCAUUCGCCUUCAGUCCGGAAGAUGCCUGACUUUCAAGGAUGGAAAAAACAUUAAACUUGAUGAAUACAAGAUGGAGAGAAUCAUUUUUAAACAGUUGACCUGGGUUCCUAAUGAAAUAGAAAGCCAUGACCUUGUUCUCAUUACCCAUUUGGAUAGAGUUCAAAACCCUAAAGCCUGGCUAAUUCGUUUGUGGGAAAUAACUAAACCUCACGGUGUGGCUGUCAUUGCUUCCAAAGACGGAAGCUGGAACAGAGAAAGACUGGAGCAUCAUCUCCAUCAUAGACUAAAGUGUGUUAGCACUGAUGAAGUACAAUAUGAAGACAGAAGUGGCAAGGGUAUUGCAACUGUCACUGCUUGGAUGUACAAGUAAAGUUUCAACAAAUCAAAAGCCAACCUGGCACAACAUUUUUUUUUUACACUGACUUUUAUUAUUUAGCUGUGGUGGUCAUUCUCGUUUAUUGUUACAAUGUUGGUAAAACAAAUUUUUUUGUUUUAUUUUACCUCAAGUCGUAAUAAAAUCUCAACAAAUGAGGAGGUAGUACUUGAAACAAAACCCUCAUUUGUGCAAUCAAAUAUAACAUUUCAUUGGAUUUUACACAUUUUAAAAUAUUUUUUAAUGACUGGAUCAGGGAUUAAUUUACAUUUUAAAAUACUAAUACAACUAUUGAUCUCACAUUUAUCUUUGUUUUUAAUCAGGUAACAAAACCGGUUUCACAGGUUUAAAAUCUCUUGUAUAUAUGUGCUUUUCUUAAAAUAAUUUUUUUUAUUGUAAACAUAAAAUGUUGAAUAUUUUUGUUUGUACAAGUAAUCAUGUGAUUUUUUUCUUUUCUUUUCUUUUUGAAAAUUUAUAUUUUUCAUGCAAAAUAUGGUGUGUUGACAAAAUGGUUUUAUUUCAAGGUAAAACUUAAAAGAUUAUACAUUUGUUAAUUAUGUUAAUACAUAUUUUUAGAUUAUAUUGUUUGAUGUUGUUAUGCACUAGUUGAAAAUGUAUUUAUCAAAAUUUGUUUAAUAAAUGCAUAUAGGAAAAAAAUAAAUAAAAAACACA